CGUUAUAAAUUAUAUUCUAUGAUAUUUGUUGUGUCUGAUUCUGAAAACAUAUUUGUGAGACGAUAUUUAUUCAUAUUUUUUAUAAGAUUGCUCUGAUUGUGUAUAUUCUUGUUCUAUGUUUUGAGCAAUCAAAUUGUUGAAAACGUUAUUUGGCAUUUCUACGGAAUUUCAUAAAUAAAAUAAGUGGUUCGACAUUCUUGCAGGACAAGUGAAGGUAUCAAAGAGUUGGUCUCUGUUAUAAAUUUCGUCAGACUCGAAAACUGAAAAUAUGCCAAGAGCUACUAGGAGUAGAAGAAGAAGGUCUCAAUUAUCAGGACUGGCUGGAUUUCUUAACUUUCUUGAAUUUGGAUUUCCUUUUGACUUACCUACUGAUUUAACCGACAGUCCACCAGCUAGGAGGAGAAGGGCUAACACAAAAAAAACCACUUCUGAGGCCCCCCAGAUCCCCCAGAAUAUCAAUAAUAGUGUUAUUGUUUUGGAUGAUUCAGAUGAUGAAUGUCUAUCAACAGUAGUCUCUAGAUCUAGGACAAUCAAUGAGAAUGCAUGCAGUAAAGUAGACAGUUUUUUCAAGUCCAGUGGUUUAUUGUCUGAUGAUGAAGAUGAUGUAUUACCAAGUUCUACCACUACCAGCAAUGAUGCUUAUAGAAAUUCUGCUCCAAGUAAACCUUGUUCAUCGCUAAUUGAAGAAUCAAUUGCCAAGUCUGCUGGUAAUGAGAAUGUCAUAGAUGCGGAUGGAGAGGUUAACGAAUUAAGCACCAUGGAAGAUAUAAAAAAUUAUUGUAAAGAAACAGAAGAUAUCCUCAAAAAUGCAAAUGCUAUUCUUGAAAAGUUUACUGGAAGCAAGACUCAGGAAACGCAAGAGGUGGUAAAAAAUAAGGAACUCGUUAAUAAAGAAAAUGAGAGUAAGGACAAAGGAUUGGGUGAAUGUCCAAUUUGUUAUGAAAGCUUUUCUGAGAAACAAGUUGUGACAACUAAAUGUGGCCAUCUAUUUUGUAAAAUUUGUAUUGAAAGAGUUGCAACAACAGUUAAGAAAUGUCCCACUUGCAGGAAAGCAGUGAAUAAGAAGAAUAUAAUACCUAUAUAUAUUUGAAUACUUAAUGUACUUUCCAUGUAAAUGUUUUUAAUAUCUAUUGACAAUGCCUUUGUUGUUCUUCACUAUUGAAAUUGGAUUUUUUUUUGAUAUUUUUUUUUUUUUGAGAAAAACAAAUUUGUUUCAAAUAAAGAUUUCCAAUAUUA